AUGGUGAUGGGGAUCUUCCACGCGCUCUUCGGGAGCUCGCCGAAGACAUCCGUCGCUUCAUUCUUCGACUUCAAGGAUGUCAAGGACAUCGACGGCCACCCGCAUGACUUCACGCAGUAUCGCGGCAAGGUUGUCAUCGUCUCUAACACCAGGUGCCACUAUGACGAGUUCGCCGAGCUGAAAAGGCGGUUCGGCGAUGCGUUAGUGGUCAUGGGGUUCCCGUGCAAUCAGUUCGGCAUGCAAGAGCCGGGUUCGAACGAUAGUAUCAGGGAUUGGUGCGCGAGGCGGGGAUUCAUCCCAAACGUGGGUGUUCUCAUGGAAAAAUGUAAGGUGAACGGUUCGGGAUCGUCGCCGGUGUUUGACUUUCUGAAAGUGCAGUCGGGCACGGGCGGGGUGAUGUGGAACUUUUGCAAGUACCUGGUGGCGCCCGACGGGGUGACGGUGCACAAGUUCGGGCCGGAGAAGGACCCGAGGCACCUCAUACCGAAGAUUGAGGAGCUCAUCGCGCAGGCGCGGAGGGCCGAAGAGUAA